CAGUGUUUACUUGUUAUAGUUUACCUCGGAGAUUGUGUGUGUGAGUGUGUGUGUAUGUGUGUGUGUGUGACUAGUGGCUAGUCGCUGAAGUGUGGAGAAACUAUGGAGGAACGAGAAGAAGGCGAGAUAUCAGAUGGGAAUGAGGACAGUUUUGGGCUGUCCUACAAGCCUGUGGCACGGCCUGAUGCUGGCCUGUACAGGCGUGUGGAGCAUCAUGUUCCCUCAAGCGAUGAAGACUACUCUUCAGACUCCGACUCUGAUUCCCCACUUGCAGCUAAACGCAAACGGCCAAAUGUCAGUAAAAUGGACACUGGAGGUUCGCACAGUCAUGAUCCGAGGUCCUGGAACCUAGACAAUGGCACUCAGGAGAGUCGACCAAUUGCCAAGGCGCGCCGGCGCAACAAUGUGUGGUCCUCAGUGAUGCAGGAACAGGUGUUGGCGCAGGAGAUUGGAGGGUUUGGUUUGAAGCGGCGCCUGGAUCAAGGUGACCGCAGCGUGGAGAGCUAUGAUUAUUUACAGGCGCGACAAUUCCGCGAGCAAGAAAACCAACAUUACUCUGAUGAGGAGGAGGAGGAGGAAGAAGAUGAGGAGACUAAGAAUAAAAGGAUGAGCAGAAAGCGACAUGUGAAGGAGAGGUUAGGUCAUCGGAAGCCCAAGACGAAAAGUGGGAAAAGAGAACUGAUAGAUGUGGAGAUCCGGGAUUCAAUGACAGAUGAGGAAGUGGGCCUAGCUAUUGCUGAGGGCCUCAUGGAGAGGAAACCAGAGCUCAUAGUGCGUGUAGUGGAGGUGUUGGGGCGGGAGAAGGCACUAGAUCUGUACAAAAACACUCAAGAGUUGGAGAGAGAUGGAGGCCUGAUGGUGGUGAAUGGGUCACGGAGAAGGACAUCAGGUGGUGUAUACCUAAACUUGUUGAAGUCUUACCCAACGUUAGAGCAUACUGACUUAAUCAAGAUUUUCUCACAAGACGAGGCAGGAUCCCUGCAGCAGUGGAGGAAACGCAAGCGAGCUCACCGCAAGCGUGAAAGACACGAGUCCAAGCCACAAGAUUCUGCAGGAGAGACAGCCAGUGAGGAGGGACUUCAUCUUGGAGAGCUGUUCUCUGAUGAUCCUGGAGGAGCAAAGUGUCCAGGCUCUACGCCUGUCACAUCACCUCAGCCAUCAGACACAGAGGAACAAGAACUUGCCAGCCCUUUGAUAAAUCAAUUAUCACCACAAGAGAUCAUGCCACCAUCAUCACCACCUCAGCCACCAUCAGCCACCACAGAUCCUCACAAGACCCCAGACCAGCCUCUGGAGACCUACAAUGGUGGGUUUCUCAACAUAGAAGUGGAGAACAGUAAGCAGAAGGAAGAGCUAAGUGAAAAGAAUAGAAGUACUGAGGUAGCAGCUUAUGAUGAUGACUUUUUAGACUUUCAUGGAAAUGAUGAAAUGGAACUGUUUUGAUACUGUCAGUGGUUGCACAUAAUUUACAGGUAUGGUAUGAUACCAACCUUAACUCUUUGUGGCUCUAACAUCCUGUCAACCUCUGUGAUCUCCCAUGUAGAUAAACCCACAACCCAGUCUGUACAGAAUGAAUUCUUACAUGGUCCCUAUUCAGCUGUCUCCUGCCUUGGGUGUGUAUGCCUUAACCCUCCUGCCAUAAAAAUUCCCUCCAUCAUUCUUUUUUGAUCCUGUUUCCCUCAGUGUUAUUGAUAUUCCAAUACAUCCUCAGUUUCAGCCAUGCACACAAUUUGACUUCAGAAUUGAAACAUAUAGAGAAGAGAGAGGGUAGUGUUGCAUCAAUGAUUUGGCCCAGCCUUUGUAAGAGUUUUGCAUCAGGAAGUAUGACAUUGUCUGAAUGUAAUUUUGUAAAAUUAGCUACAGGUGUUGAACAAUUUGGCUGUAUUCAGAAAAUGCAACUAACAGAAAUGCAAUAUAUGUUCUAGAUUGAUUAUUUUUACAGUGCUCAGCUGCUCUUAACCAAUUGCUACUUUUAGCAGGACAGCUGUUGCAUAGAUUUAUAUUUUCGUGCAUUUUUCUUUCAUAAUUGGCUUAUUUUUAUUCUAUAUAUAUUUUAUAUAAAAUGUUUUAGUGUUUUCAUGGCUCACUUUUAUUGCAAUUAUUCAAUAUCAUACCUUGAAAAUAAUCAGCAGAAAGGCAGUAGACUAGUAGAGAGCUGAAAGAUUAAUAAUUUUCUAUGGGAUAUUAUAAAGGGACUUCGCUGCUGCAUUUGAGUGUGUUGUUGGUGCAUUUACUCUCUAUGAUUCAACAAGAAGAUACUUGAAAUAUAUGAAUGUGUGUCUAGUGAGAAAUAGUGCAUAUGAGAUGUGCUACUAUUGAAGACUUAUUGGCACUCAUCAGUAGGGGAAAAAAGAAAACAGGAAUGUGCUUAGACUACCAAAUGGUUAUGAACAGUAUUUUUUGUUUUUAUUUUAAGUGAUUUAAUAAAGCUGAAGCUGCUAUAAAAGUCUAUGAAUUUGUAUCUCAGAAAUUGUUGUAGGAUAUGCUGCACAAAUGACCCUCAUGCAGCAUGUCUCACAAGGAUCAGUCAUCCCUCCUGUGAAGGCCUCUAGGCUAAGACAUGAGGGAAUGGUUGUGAAUGUGUAUGCCUUGGCUUUUCUUUUUGAUAUGCAUAGAGAUCAGUUAAAUAAUUUGUUCUCAAAUUGUUUAACUUUUUCUUCAUGGCUAUAUUUAUUUACUUAUUUGUAUAUUUAGUUUAUUUAGUCUUUUAUGGACAUGAUAAUGAAAGUGCCAAAUUCAGGUGGAAUCUUUAGCAAGGUUCAUGAUCUGUUAUGCUUCAUGAUGGUGUAGAGAUACCCUCUCUUUUCAUGAGGGAAGAAAAUAAAUGCCUCUACAAAAGCAACUUAGCUAGAUGUUUGGAGUUGCUAUAUGAUGAUUUAACUGGCUUUUUUGGUUACUGUAAAGUGGACUUGUGUUUAUUAAGAUAGUGCUUCGUGCCAUAUCAAUCAAUUAAAAGUUGAAUUUCUUCUUACUAGUAAAAACACAGAAAUGGCAAAAUUAUGCAAAUAUUGAGUAGUUGAUUAACAGGAGAAGCAAAAUAAUGCAUACAAUACACCCACUCUGAGCAGCAGGUUGGGACACUUCACAGGAGGGCAGGAUUUGUGGCUCAAAUUGAUUUGAUAUGACCAUAGUUUGUAAGAUAAAUGUACAUAGUUCCUUCUGACUUGAAUUUCAUUUGUAUAUACUUUUCAUUUACUAAUGUUUAUAAUAGUAGUCUGUACUGAAGAUGGAUAUUGCAAGAGCUCUAAAUUACUGAAGAGGCUAAAGGAUAAUGGACUGCUAGAUGGAUGACAGUAGUUUGAUUUGAUUAUUUUGUUUAAUAAUUUCAUUGAGUAGAGGAAAAGGGUUCUAAAAGUUGACCAUAUGAUGGUGGCAAUUCAUAGUCAUGAUGUAAUUUUCUGUCAAUCUGAAUUGAACUGAUGAUUUUGUCUGGCAUGUAUGGCUAUGGCAUUACACUGAGAUAAAAUAGCUACUAUUAUUUUGCUAAGCUGGGCACUGCAUUGAUAUUAUGAACACAGCAGCCUUUUUCCUGAAGAGUGUAAUCAUUUAGGAAAUAUAUAUAUUUUAAAGUAAAAGGGGAAAGCAGGCCAACAGCAACAAAAAAGAAAAAAGUCCACUUAGUUGCUAGUUCCCUUGCAAAUCUGAAAGAGUUAUCCAGAAAAAGAAGGAUAAAUGUCUUGAAUGAAGUAAAGUCAUGGGAAGUUGGAAAUACAGAAGCAGGUAGGGAGUUCCAGAGUGUAUCAGAGAAAGAUAUUAAUGAUUAAGAGUGCUGGUUAAAUCUUUCAUUAGGGAAUAAGACAGAGUAAGAAUGAGAGGAAAAAAGCCUUGUGCAGCAAGGCUACAGAAGAAGUGAGGCAUACAGGAAAAGAAGGAAAGAAGAGAAAAAUAUCACAUAUAACCAGCUGUUGUUUCCUUACUAAUACAGUGUCUUGUAAUAUUACUACAUAGUCAAUCCAUACCUGCUAUUUUUCAGAAUAAUUUGUUGUCUUAGCCAUGCACUGAAUGGUAUUGUGGUAACUUUUUCCCCACUGAUUUACUGGCUUCUUCACCACACACACACACACACACACACACACACACACACACACACACACACACACACACACACACACACACACACACACACACACACACACACACACACACACAC